AUGUCUGCGCCAAACCCGAGAAAACGGGCAGCACCGGAUGCGUCGCCAAUGGUUCCGUAUCAGCAACGUACGCCGCAGCCGUUUGCCGCUGAAACUCUGAAUGGGGUUGCAGACCCUUUGAUGUGGAACGCCGACGGCGAUGACCUGGUCAAUGCAUCCGCGCAUCCUGCCAGCUCGCUCGGCUUGAUGCCCCCCAAGCCGGAAUGCAGCCCGGUCCCCAGCCCUUCCAACAGUUUGACGCGACGAGACAUGAACCAAGCCCUGGUGCCAGCCCACGGCCGAAAUUUCGACACUUCCAUCGAGCCUUGGACGAGUUUUGGCGGCGACAACGCUCUUCUCCAGCGCAAUGAUGAGGGGGGGGCGGCUGAGCAGGACAACAUUGACGCACUCGAAGAGAUGUCCCAGAAGGCGAAGCGCGAGGCGCAAAACAAGCGGAAAUCGAUACCGCCCUUUGUACAAAAACUCAGCAGUUUCUUGGAGGAACGGAAGAAUGAAGACCUUAUACGCUGGUCGGAAAAAGGGGAUUCCUUCAUUGUCAUGGACGAAGACGAAUUUGCAAAAACCCUCAUUCCCGAACUCUUCAAGCACAACAACUACGCGUCAUUCGUCCGACAGCUCAACAUGUACGGCUUCCACAAGCGGGUUGGCCUGUCGGACAACUCGAUGAGAGCCAGCGAGCGCAAGAACAAGAGCCCCAGCGAGUAUCACAACCCGUUCUUCCGCCGCGGGCACCCCAACCUGCUGUGGCUGAUCAACAAGCCCAAGGGGAAGCCCAAGUCCGCCAACAGCAAGUCCAAGGGCAACGAAGCCGAAGGCGAUAGCGACGACGAGCAGAUCAACGAAGACAUGGUGACGCAGACCGGAGCGGCCUCCAACACCCCCGCGGGCCGCUCGCUUCCUGCCGCCCCAUCCGACCCCCACACGCUGCCGAAGAAGGAGUUGACCCUGAUACGGGAGGAGUUGCACAGAGUUCGAGAACAGCAGGGGAAAAUCCUCAGGGCCAUAAACCAGCUUCAGCACAACAACAACGACCUGUACAACCAGGCCCUCAUGUUUCAGAGUCAACAUGAUCGCCACCAAAACUCCAUCAAUGCCAUCCUCAAGUUCUUGGCCAACGUGUUUAGGAAAACGCUGGAGGACCAUGGCAACAUGCAAAGCGUCAGCGACAUCAUCUCCAGCAUGAUCACCAACCAAGGGCAGCAGCAGCCCCAUCAAGGCAGUGUAUUUGACCUGGGGGACCUGUUCCACUCGGACAUGGACGGUUCGGCGACGACGCCCCCUGGCAGCGCUCCUAAGAAAGCCCGCGGUCUGUUGCCGCCGAUACCCAACCGAGCCGACGUAUCCAACCCUGCUCAAUCACCGGCACCGUCUACCCCGUAUUACCCCGUCGGCAACCAAAAUCCCGAAAUGGGCCACGUCACCGAGCUGGUGGACGGCGUGGACACGCCAUCUAAUCCCAACCUCCGCCAUGAGCUCGAGAAGAAUCCGCAUGAGCGAAUGAUGAAAAUCAUCAACGACCACAACGCGACAAACAAGUCUGGAAUGGACUUGCCCGAAGCAGCGAAGCUGGUGGCAAACGCCCCCAGCGCACUAAACAGGGAGCAAAGGAGCACGCUGGCGGAUUUCAUCGCCACACAGUCUACGUCGCUCUCCUCGGGCUCCUCAUCGACGACAGCACCGCAGUCUGCCGUUGGGUCUGCUGCUGCCAAUGGUGCGGCCGCGCCGGCGGCCACCAAGUCUGGACUUUCUCCAGCACCGACCGAUUACGCCUCGAUGCCGUCCAUGUCGCCGAUAAUGAAAUCACCGCAAAUGGCGCCGCCGUCCCUGAGCCAGAUCAACACGAACCAGAUGGAUCUUGACCAGCUCCAACGGCUCCAGAGCGAACAAGACGCCAAGAUUCACGAACUGAGCGAAAUGCUAGGGCCCCUCAGUCCAUCCGGCCGCAUUCCAGGCUUGGGGGACGGACAGGAGGGCUACUUUGAUCCGCCGAACGUCGACCUCGACCAGUACUUUGACAGCAACGCGUUUCUCAGCGACGCAAACUUUGGGGCCGACGGCAACGAUUUCAACUUUAGCAUCGACGAGGAUGCCGCAGCCGGCGCCGAUCCACUGGGUGUCGAUAUUGGUAUAAACGGUAAACCUAGUCCUUCAGGCACUGAGGAGAUUAGAAGAGAGGACCUCGAUGACGAUGGCGUGCUGAGCAGCAAAAGGAGGAAAGUAGCGUGA